GAUGUCUUCACUAUUAUUCUACAACGUAGAAAAUAGUAAAAAUAAAGAAAAUAUUGAAUCAGUAGGUGUGUCCAAACUUUUGACUGGUACGGUACAUUAGCGUGUGUUGUAUCAAGUUUUUAGACAGACAAGUCACACCUUUUUUCAGACUGUAAAGUUCGAUCGGAAGACGGAUAGUUUUCAUCUUGCUGAUCGCAAUUUAUUUUGGGGCCGAUCAAUUCCUCAGUUGGCUGUAAGAAGAUCCUUCAUCUCCUCCUCUUGAUUUGGUGACCUGUCCUAUCAUGGCUGAGAAGCUAGCGUCCUUCGGUAAGAUGCUGCUCCGGCGACGGGCACUGGACUGUAACAAGGAAGAGAGCCACUUCGCCCGCUGCCUGACCACGCUGGACCUUAUUGCCCUGGGGGUGGGUGCCACUCUGGGGGCCGGCGUCUAUGUGCUGGCUGGAGAGGUGGCCAGGGAGAAGGCCGGCCCAGCCAUCGUGCUCUGCUUCCUCAUCGCAGCGCUCUCCUCCGUCCUUGCUGGUCUGUGUUAUGCUGAGUUUGGUGCUCGUGUGCCCAAGACUGGUUCAGCCUACAUGUACAGCUAUGUGACUGUGGGGGAAAUCUGGGCCUUCAUCACUGGCUGGAACCUCAUCCUCUCCUAUGUCAUAGGCACAGCCAGUGUUGCUCGGGCCUGGAGCUCCACCUUUGACAACCUGGUUGAACAGAAGAUCUCAGACUUCUUCAGAGCCUCCAUGUCCAUCAAGGUCCCUGGGAAGAUUCUUGCUGAAUAUCCAGACCUCUUUGCCUUCAUCCUGGUCUUGCUGCUCACUGGCCUGCUGGCGUUUGGCGUUAGCGAGUCGGCCCUGGUGAACAAGAUCUUCACAGGGGUCAACCUGGUGGUGCUGGGCUUUGUCAUCAUCUCAGGCCUGGUGAAGGGAGACCGCACCAACUGGAACCUCACUGUGGAGGACUUUGUCAACACAACCAACAUCACUGAUCCAGAGAUCAUUAAAGAGAAGUUUGGCUCUGGGGGUUUUGCUCCAUUUGGCUUCAGUGGAGUCCUGUCUGGGGCAGCAACCUGCUUCUAUGCCUUUGUGGGGUUCGACUGCAUCGCAACAACAAGCGAAGAGGCCAAGAACCCUAUGCGUUCCAUCCCCAUUGGUAUCGUGGCUUCUCUGGUCAUCUGUUUCUUUGCUUACUUCGGGGUGUCUGCGGCUCUCACCCUUAUGAUGCCCUACUACCUGCUGAACAGAGAGAGCCCACUGCCAGAGGCCUUCAGUUAUGUGCACUGGGACCCUGCCCGCUACAUCGUGGCUGUGGGCUCCCUCUGUGCCCUCUCCACCAGUUUACUGGGCUCAAUGUUCCCCAUGCCCCGUGUCAUCUAUGCCAUGGCUGAGGACGGCCUGCUCUUCCGCUUCCUCUCAAAGAUGAACAUAAAAACCAAGACACCCCUGUUAGCCACCAUCGUGUCGGGUAUUGUAGCAGCCCUGAUGGCGUUCCUGUUUGAUCUGGCAGCCCUGGUAGACCUGAUGUCGAUAGGAACUCUCCUGGCAUACACACUAGUGGCAGUGUGUGUGCUUAUCCUCAGGUACCAGCCGGGUACCCUGGGCCUCAGCGGUGCCAGUGAGAAGCUGGUGGAGCUGGUGGGUCUGCGGAGGGCAACCAUGGCGGAGGGGGACAGUGGGGAUGAGUUUGACCAGGAGGGUGAGGGGGAGACCAGGCCCCUCAGGGAGAGGUUCACCCUCAAGAUGCUGCUGGUUCCCAGCUGUGACGUCCCCACCAAGACCUCUGGACUUAUCGUGUACAUCACUACCGCUGUCAUCUCUGUGUUAUUCACCCUGCUGUGCGUAGUGCUGGCUGUGUGGGGGGCAGAGGUGGUGAGUUGCCACCCCCUGUGGGUCACCAUAUGUGUGAUACUGGCCUUCCUCUCCUUCCUGUGUGUGGCCAUCAUCUGGAGACAGCCCCCGAGCAGACAGGCACUCACCUUUAAGGUACCCCUACUCCCAGUGCUGCCAUUGGUCAGUAUCUUUGUCAACAUUUACCUCAUGAUGCAGCUGGAUGGGCCAACGUGGUGUCGCUUUGCAGUGUGGAUGGCUAUUGGUUUUCUCAUCUACUUUGGUUAUGGCAUUAGGAACAGCUCAGAGGCCACACCCAACCGUAGUAAAUUUGAGACAGUCCUCCGAUCAAAGAGUCCCAUCUACCUGGCAGAGGAUGACAGUGAGGUGGAAGGGAUGACACCUUAGAGGAGAAUAGUGGUGGAGUAGAUGGUGUACGCCCCAACAACAUGCCACGCAAGACGAACAGGUGCACAGUCUCAUCGCGUUAAUGUUCAACUGUCUGGGCCUUGUGCUACAACUAACUGUCUUCUCCUUUGUUGAUAUUUGGUCAUUCCUAUAAUGUAGAGAGAACCUCACAUGCUAAAUAGAUUUUGGAUGUACAGUAUCAGUCAAAAGUUUAGACAUCUACUCAUUCAAAGUUUUUUUUAUUAUUAUUUUCUACAUUGUAGAAUAAUAGUGAAUACAUCAAACCUAUGAAAAACACACAUGGAAUCAUGUAGUAAGCAAAAAAGUGUUAAACAAGUCAAAAUAUAUUGGAGAUUCAUCAAAGUAACCACCCUUUGCCUUGACAGCUUUACACACCUAUUUACAUUUACGUCAUUUAGCAGACGCUCUUAUCCAGAGCGACUUACAAAUUGGUGCAUUCACCUUAUGAUAUCCAGUGGAACAACCACUUUACAAUAGUACAUCUAUAUCUUUUUUUUGGGGGGGGGUGCCCUUGUUUGGGUGUAGGGACUGAUCAGAGCCUGAAUGUACGGAGGUGUCGUUUCCCUCAGCUCCGUAGGCAAGCACCAUGGUCUUGUAGCAUUCUCUCAACUAGCUUCAUGAGGUAUUCACCUGGAAUUCAUUUCAAUUAACAGGUGUGCCUUGUUAAAAGUUAAUUUGUGGAAUUUCUUUCCUUCUUAAUCUGUGUAAGACAAUCUUUUGUGUUGUGACAAGGUAGGGGUGGUAUACAGAAUAUAGCCCUAUUUAGUUAAAGACCAAGUCCAUAUUAUGUCAAGAACGGCUCAAAUAAGCAAAAUGAAACGACGGUCCAUCAUUACUUUAAGACAUGA